CAGAGGAAGCAACAGCAGUAAAAAUGCUAAGAACAAUGGCUCUACCAUCCUCCUCUUCUUCUCCUCCUCUGAGCGUGUCAACGCAGAUGAAGCAGCACAUAAAACAAGAUUCUUUUCGCCCACAUUCUUUGAAGUUUUCUUCUAUGCAGAAAGAAAACAAUAUCAAUGAUGAUAAUGUAGCCUCUUUCAAUCAGAAUCCGUCUAGAAGACUUGCUCUCCUAAAACUUGGUGCCGCUAUCCCUGAGUCCCACUUGUUGGGCGUAAGAGCAUCUAAAUUGUUAAGCGCAGAUGAAAAUAUGAUGAGACCUCGCACACCUCCAAAAAUGGCACCAGUGAGCACAGCAGUUGCUGAGGAAAAUCCAUUAGAGUGGGUUAACAAGGACAAAAGAAGAAUGCUUCAUGUUGUUUAUCGUGUUGGUGACUUGGAGAAGACAAUAAAAUUUUAUACUGAAUGCUUGGGGAUGAAACUAUUAAGAAAACGGGACAUACCAGAGGAGAGAUAUACAAAUGCAUUUCUUGGAUAUGGACCAGAAGAUUCUCAUUUUACUGUUGAACUUACUUAUAAUUAUGGAGUUGACAAAUAUAAUAUUGGAACUGGAUUUGGCCAUUUUGGCAUUGCAGUAGAGGAUGUUGCCAAGACGGUAAAUCUUGUGAAGGCAAAGGGGGGCAAAGUUACUAGUGAACCUGGUCUUGUUGAAGGUGGAAGUACAAUGAGUGCUUUUGUUGAAGAUCCAGACGGUUAUAAAUUUGAGCUUUUGGAGAGAGGGCUUACACCUGAGCCCCUAUGCCAAGUGAUGCUUAGAGUGGGUGAUCUUGAUCAUGCUGUAAAUUUCUACAAUAAGGCCUUUGGCAUGCAGCUUCUUCAAAGAAGGGAUUUCCCAGAAUCGAAGUAUGCUGUAGCAAUAAUGGGGUAUGGUCCGGAAGAUAAAAAUGCUGUGCUGGAACUGACAUAUAACUAUGGGGUCACAGAAUAUGACAAAGGAAAUGGUUAUGCACAGAUUGCAAUAGGCACAGAUGAUGUCUAUAAGAGUGCCAAAGCAAUUGAGCUUUGUGGAGGAAGCAUUAUUCGUGAACCUGGACCUUUACCAGGGAUUAAUACCAAGAUUACGGCAUGCUUGGACCCAGAUGGUUGGAAAUCAGUCUUGGUUGAUAAUGUUGAUUUUCUAAGGGAACUAGAAUGAUCAAAGUCUUUGGUGGCUUUAUUCAAUCCAUGGGAAGAUUCAUAACAAUUUUGUUGCUUUGGAAUGUUGCCUUUUAGGAAAUAACCAUUUUCUUACAAGAAAUAUCCCAUGCUAGAAUGUGCUUCAUUUGCCAAUUUCAUUCAGUAGAUCCCUCCUUCAUUCAGCUUUGUAUAUGACAAACAAUUGUUAUAAGCGCAUUCUUAUUUUUCAAUUUUAAGAAAGUAAGAGAUAUAAAAUUGCUUGUUAA